AUGCAACAGCAAUCACAACAACCAUCAUCACAGCAACCACAACAACAACAAUCGUAUCAACAACAACAACAACAACAACCAAAUCAACAAUCACAACCAUUGCAGUCACAAAUACAAAAUCAAUUACCAUAUCAAUCCAUUUAUCAAAACCCACAACAACACCAAUCAUCAUUACAACAAUCAUUACCAAUUCAAUAUAACCAACAGCAACAACAACAAUCACCAUUACAACAACCACAAUUUCAACAACAACAAUCACCAUUACCACAACAACAACAACAACAAAUAACACAACAAUCACCACAACAACCUAAUCAAUUUAACUAUAAUACAUAUCAAUCUCCAAUUCAGCAAUCAUUAUCACAACAAUCACCACAACACCAACAAAUAUCACCUCAAACUCAGCAAUCAACUUACCAAAACCAACAAUCACAAUCAAACCAUGCUGUCAACAAUCCAAACAAUAUAAAUACAAAUAUUAUGAAGAACAAGUACUUUACAAAGGAAGAAACAGAUUUAUUUAUACAAAAUUCCUUUAAUAAAAAAAUAAGCGAAUGGAAAAAUUGGACACUAACUUCAACACUCAUUGUAUAUAUUAUAAUUGUGGCUAUUCAAAUGUUUUUCUUAACAUAUUUUAUAACAUCAAAUCUAUUUUCAAUUUGGACUUUAUUCUAUUUAAUUGGUCAAAUUGUUCUUUGUUUUUCAUAUAAUUCAAUUAUUACUGUUUAUAGACAAGUACCAGCCUCCUUCAGAGAAUCAAUCAGUAAACUUUCAACCAAACACUACAUUUUCAUAUUAUUAAACUUGAUUCUUCAAAUUUCUUUUCUUUCUCAUUUAUUUGGUUUACCAAAAAACAACUUCACUUUUUCAUUAAUGAAGGACCACUGUUUUGAAGAUGCCACAGAGGGUUAUAUUUUAAAGUGCCAAUCAGAAUAUAAUUUAUUUUUCCCAUUAUUUUUAAUUUCAGCAAUUUCACUAGUUGGCUCAAUAAUAUUCAAAACCUUUUCUAAUCAAGAGUUUGUUCUUUCAUUCCCAAAAGCAAAUAUUUCUACUAUACUCCAAAUUAAAUCAAUGGUUUAUAAUAACUUUUGGAUCAAUUUUUAUUCAUCAUUUUAUUUGUUUGGUAUUGGCUCAUUUUUACUUGGAUUUAUAUUUUUAUUUUUAUAUAGAACAUUUACAAUCCAAAUUAUUGUAUAUUCAGGUCAAUUAUGGGUUUUCUCAUUUGUAAUACUCUUCCAAAAUUUCUUAAGAUAUCGUUUAUUUGAAAUUUAUUAUACAAGAAGUUUAAGAUUUUCGGUUGAUAAAUUUGUUUUAGAUGAACAACCAUUGGAUGAAAACAAACCAACCAUUCCAUUCCCAAACAGUAACCUUAGUUCAAAUACUACCAACACCAAUAACAAUAAUAUUAGAUCAUUAAAAACUCCAACAAUUGAAAAUCCAAAUAUAUUUUUAGAAAAAGCAAUACACGACGAUGAUCCAUUGGUUCAAUUUUUAGGCUGGAAAGAUUUAUUAUACAUUUCAAAAUAUUCUCAAUCUAGAAGAAACCAAUUAUAUUCAGAAAUUAUACAAAUGGUUGAUAAACCAACACUUUUAGAAAUAAUUUCAACAUAUGAAAAACAAAUUUACGAUUUAGAUUCUAUUUUUUCAUCACCAAGAGAAUAUUACGAACCAAAUUAUAAAAAAGAUGAUGGAGAUAAACCAAAAGAUAAUAAAACCAGUGAUAAAAAAAAUACAUUCAAAUUUAAUUUUAGUUUUUCAGGAACAAUAAAAAAAAUAAUAACUCAACUAACAGGUAUUAAAUUCGAAUAUAAUGCAUACGAUUCAGAAAUCAAACAGGCACUUUCAAAUACCCAAUCAGUUCUUUGGUCAAUUGAAGCCAUUGGUGCAUUAAUUGUUUCAGCACAAAUUAAUGAUGAUCCAAAGGUUAUGGAGUAUUUACACAGAUACCAAGUACCUCAAAAAUUCCUUGCUCCACUCUUACGUAUUAUUAGCAUCGUCGAAAAAUUAGAAAAUGAUUUACAAUUCCAAGUUGAAAUGGAUAGAUCAACACUUAUUCAAGAGUAUUAUUUUAUUAAAACCCUAAUUAACCAAGUUGAACCACCAAAGAACUGCUUUGGUAUACUUCAAACCUCAAGACCACAUUUUAGAAUAUUUAAACAAAUUGGCAAAAAUACAAUUUCUCAAGUUCUUGAAACCAUUGGUAAUCAAAUUUCAGAUAUUUCUUUCCCAAUUCAUCUUAGACCACUUUUAAAUAGCUAUAAAACCGGUGAAUUUAGUAUUUAUCAAUAA